CUCAUUCAUGAAAUCAUGCUGCUGAAUAAUAAUGUGACUGAGUUCAUUCUGCUUGGGUUGACACAAGAUCCUGCUAAAAAGAAAACCGUGUUUUUCUUUUUUUUGCUUUUCUACUUAGGGACAUUGUUGGCUAACUUCUUGAUAAUUGUUACGAUCAAGACCAGCCAGGCAUUUGGGAGUCCAAUGUACUUCUUCCUUUUCUACUUAUCCUUAUCUGAUACUUGCUUCUCUACUUCCAUAGCCCCUAGAAUGAUUAUGGAUGCCUUUCUGAAGAAUAACACCAUCUCUUUCAGUGAGUGCAUGAUCCAAGUCUUUUCAUCUCAUUUCUUUGGCUGCUUCGAGAUCUUUAUCCUUAUUCUCAUGGCUGUGGACCGCUAUGUGGCCAUCUGCAAACCCCUGCACUACAUAACCAUCAUGAGUUGGCAGGUCUGCAGUGUAUUGGUAGCUAUAGCCUGGGUUGGGGCCUGUGUGCAUUCUUUGGUUCAGAUUUUUCUGGCCUUGAGUUUACCUUUCUGUGGUCCCAAUGUGAUUGAUCACUAUUUAUGUGACUUCCAGCCCUUGUUGAAACUUGCCUGUACAGACACCUAUGUUACCAACCUACUACUGGUGUCCAAUAGUGGAGUCAUCUGCACAGUGAGUUUUGUCAUGCUGAUGUUCUCCUAUGUUAUCAUCUUGCAUUCUCUGAGAAACCACAGUGCUAAAGGGAGGAAAAAAGCCCUUUCCACCUGCAUUUCCCAUAUUAUUGUAGUCAUCUUAUUCUUUGGUCCUUGUAUAUUUAUAUACACACGUCCCGCAACCACCUUCUCCAUGGAUAAGAUGAUAACUGUGUUUUAUACAAUUGGAACGCCUUUGCUUAACCCUCUGAUUUAUACGCUGAGAAAUGCAGAGGUAAAAAAUUCCAUGAGGAAGUUAUGGAGCAAGAAACUGAUCUCAGAUGACCAAAGAUGAAUGGAAGCUUCAAUCUUUCUUCAUAGUUUGCACUGACCAAAAAGAAUUCAACUGAGAAUAUUAUCUUCUUAUUGUGGAUUUAAUAAAAUCCUAUCUUGGGGAAUGA